UUGGGGAGUGCGGGGGAGGGGCGGUGUCAGCCAGCUCCUCUUCAGUCUCGUAACUCUGGAUGGACAAACACUGCGCGGCGCUCAGGUGUGCGCUGGCUAUAACGAAAGAGCGUGUCGAAUUCCACAGGGGGAGAAGUAUUCAUAAUCUUCUCCACCUCCAUUCUGCAAUGUGAAGGACACACUGGAUAUCGCGCAACGGGGCGGAAGAUUCUUUCGGGUUCCUUCUUUCCCCUUUUUUCUUUCAAAUCACACUUUUCGUGAAGAGGAGGAGGAAACAUAAGAAAAUGUGAUUUGUUCCACAUGGACUCUAACCGCGUAUCAUGAUCGUGCAAUUUGGCGACUGCACAUUGCAAUGGUAAAUUUACAAGAAGCAUAGGUAACAGUCACCUGCCAGUGAAGAGGAUGGUACAAAUGAGGUCAAACGGUGAUGCAUAGAGAGGCUCUGUCAAGCACCUAAUGUUCUGUCCUGCUGGGUGAAAUACUGCAUUGGCUGUUCUUUUCUCCUAAAUAAUGCAAGCACAACUCAAGGAUGUCUCUGUGUCUGUGGGUACCUGAUUCUGUAAGCCCAGGGCCAACCACCUGUGAUGGACGAAGCUGAUAUUAAUGAGAGUAACACGGAGGCUGAGACGCAUGUGGUGCCCAGUGACAACAUAGUUGAGAGGAUUGUCCUCAUCACCUUCCUCUCAAUGGUGAUGCUGAUGACCAUUCUUGGGAAUCUCCUAGUCAUGGUGGCAGUGUGCAGGGACCGCCAGCUCAGGAAAAUCAAGACAAACUACUUCAUUGUGUCACUAGCCUUUGCUGACCUACUGGUGUCUACUCUGGUGAUGCCUUUUGGAGCAAUUGAGCUGGUCCACCAGAACUGGAUCUACGGCGAGACCUUCUGUCUGGUGCGAACAUCGCUGGAUGUGCUACUGACCACAGCCUCCAUUUUGCAUCUUUGCUGCAUUUCUCUUGACAGGUAUUAUGCCAUUUGCUGCCAACCACUGGUCUACAGAAAUAAAAUGACACCCAUGAGAAUAGCGCUAAUGCUGGGAGGAUGCUGGGUAAUCCCGACCUUCAUUUCUUUUGUUCCAAUUAUGCAAGGUUGGAACAGCAUCGGGAUACAUCAUCUGAUAGAAGAAAGGAAGCUUAUUGGGGGCUCCAACUCCACGCUGUGCAUAUUCAUGGUGAACAAGCCCUAUGCCAUUACAUGCUCUGUGGUGGCCUUCUACAUUCCCCUGGGACUAAUGGUAUUGGCUUACCAGCGCAUUUAUGUGACGGCCCGGGAUCAUGCCCACCAGAUCAGCAUGCUGCAGCGAGCGGGCGGUGCCAGCAGCUCCUCUGACAGUGCCGAUCACCAGCGCAAUCAUCGCAUGCGCACAGAGACCAAAGCAGCAAAGACUCUAUGCAUCAUCAUGGGCUGCUUCUGCCUUUGUUGGGCGCCAUUCUUCAUCACAAACGUGGUGGACCCUUUCAUUGACUACACAGUGCCUGAGAAGCUGUGGACUGCCUUCUUGUGGCUGGGCUACAUCAACUCCAUGCUCAACCCUUUCCUUUAUGCCUUCCUGAACAAGUCCUUCCGUCGUGCCUUCCUCAUCAUCCUGUGUUGCGGGCAUGAGCGUUACCGUCGACCGUCCAUCCUGGGGCCCAGCGUACCCUGCACUGAGACCACAAUCAACGGAUCCACUCAUGUGCUGAAGUACACAGUGCUGCAGAAUGGAAACCACACUGAAGAAAUGAAGCAGCCACUAAACAAAGACACCGAUUUGGAAGAGCUGAGCGCAAAAUCCCAGGACAGAACGCAAAAGGAAGCCUCAUAGCAGAGCAACAUUCAGCUGAUUCAGGAGAUAUGAAACCUGGCUUAGUUAAUAAUGUUUAGAUCUACAAGUCAGCACGUUCCUUUCAUUUUCCUUCCAGUAACAGACAAAUGUGCUGGACAUUUGGAUUAAAAAAAAAGAAGGCAAAUUAAUAUUUUCUUUUAAUUCAGAACGUGGAAUGUCUACAGAAGCAGUUUGAGAAUAACAGAGUGGCAGGUUUCCAUUGCCACCUCAUUCUCGAUUAUUUGUUUUCUGCUCUGCUAUCACUUGGUUUAUAUGCUUUUUUUUGUUUAUUUUUUAUCACUCUGACACUCAGAAGAAAAAAAAAUGUUUACAGUCCAGUCUGAGCUACUGGAGUUAUAUUACAGUCUAAAAAAAUAUGAAUGUAAAUUUGAAAGAAAUUUUAUUUUUCCUUUACGUCAAUCCACAACCUCCUUAAAAUGUAAAAUAUUCUAUUGUCCUACUCAAGAAAUCAAAAUUUGACUUGAAAGAACAAAUCGUGUGAAUCACGUUGUCUUCUAGUGGCACAGACAGGAAUGAUUUCAAAUUCGACCCUAUAUGACAUUCUGCUUUGGUUGAAGGGAACAGCCAAAUGUCGCAUGUACCCAGAAGUGUGAAGAUUGAAGCCUUCUCUAUGAACAAACUGUGGAACUUCUGAUCCCCCCCUCCACCCCGAAAUGUGUUAUUUCCUUAAAAGAAAAUAUGCAUAAUAUGUAAAUUAUUGUUGAUCUUUUGCUCUAAAAUGGGAAAAAAACUAGAUUAGUUGAUUUGAUUAGAGUUUUUCUUUUAAGUGGUUGCUGCACAAAUGUGGGCUAUGUUUUUAGUUUUUAAGCUCUUUCUUAUUCUUCUGAACGCUGACAGAAAUUAUCCACUUUUUUCCCUAAUGCUUAUGAGAUCUGCUCCACAUAUUUCAAGCUUACAGGCAGGUACAGCGUGAGGAUUUGGACAUCCUGUCAGAGUUCAAGGUGCUGCAGCAUAAUGCAAAGUGCAAUAACCCAUAAACUGUUUGGGAUCAUGAACUGGUGAGCGGCUCUUGCACAGCUUUUGAAACCAUUACCAAAUAAUAAGUGGUGAAUAUGAGUUACAGUCACAUAAGAAAGUGCAAUCUGUUUACCUAAUGUGCCCUUGUAGAAAUGGACUGGAUAGAAGUCAACCUGACUUGAUGAUGAAUUAUGGAAAUAUUAGUAAGUAUGGCUCUACAGCAUCUGGUCAACAUGCUUAAUUAUGAAGAGCUGGACCCUCUUUGUUUAUUUUGUCAGAAAGUGAUAUACAGUAUUUGUGAUAUAUUCUAAAAAGUCAUAGUUCCACUAUGAGUUCUCUUUUAAAAGUGAUGCUAAAAGAGCAGGGUAGAUGUGAAGUGUAACUCUUUAAUAAAAGUGGGCACUUUGGAUCACCUUCAAAUGAAGCUGUAAUGAAUGUAGUGGCAUGAUACUGCAGACCCUCAACAGUGAUGUUCAGCAUGUGCUUUAAUUCUGUAAUCAGAACAGUGACACAAUAGCAUAGAACCUUAUUACUGAUGUCUGCCAUGUUCUUUAAUUCUACAUAGAAGAAAAAAAUGAUUAUAUGUUAGAUUUGAUGUCAAGAGGGAGAAGAGGGGGUAAUGAAAAUCAUCUUAGUUCUCUUUCAGCUCAAGUUGGUGCUUAGUGGGAAUUCCUAAGACAGGCAUGUCUUGAUCCUAUAGGACAAAUCAUUUUUUUUUCUGUAUUUUUAAAUAGUAUGUCGGUUCACCGAUGUGUAAUUGAUCUGAUUGGUUGUUGCACAGCAUGUUGUUUUAUUAUUUUAGAAGAACAAGAUGAAGUGAGAAAUGAGCUAGGGUUGAAUGUCUGUAUAAAGUAAAUGGAAAGCUGUCCCCGCAAAUAAUCUGCACAUCUCAAUUCGAGGAUAUAAAGUCUACUCCUUGAACAUCACUGUCACUAGGUGUAAUAGGGCGCCCUAGCGUAGUAAUACAAGAUUCAUAUUUUCACACUAGGACUCCCAUUAUACCUAAUAAUAACAAGCACUUUUGGUUAUCUCAUCAGAAAUAAGUGAUACUUUACCAUAUUAUAAACUAGCUAAGCAUAAACUAUAAACUUAAAAACUAACUGUGAAUGCUCAAUAAUAUUGUGUUUAAAUGGCUGAGACUAUUUUCAGUGGUGAUUAGAAACAGACAGUGACCACAUAUUAUACAGGUGUAAAUGCAAAUGCAGUUUCUAUUCACAGACAACAUCUAUUUAAGCAGAUGAUGCAGACACAGAAGACAUGAUUUCAUCGUUGUAUGCAUACUUUGGAUUGCUUGUGACCUGUGACAUCAUGUUUGCAUCUCUCACAGGAUCGUAUGAUACAGUGAGGACCCAGUUCCUCUAGUGUGCCUUUAUUCAUUUCAUCUGCAGCAAUUUACUACCAAAAAUAUGCCAAAAUAGUUCAAAAUUUUAAUAUAAUCAUUUAGAUUUCUAAAAUAUAUAGGGUCACUAGAGACCCUAGAUACGGUAAAGUGUCAAUUUUUUAACACGCACUUUUUAAGUGCUCUAAUUGUAAAGCCCGCUUGAACAAAAUGUGCUAUUUUCAGGAUUUCUUUUUAUCUACAGUACAUAUGUUCAUUACAGCUUUAUUUCUAUCUUGUUGCUUUCUAUGCAGGAAUUUACAAGUUUAGAGAGGUAAGAGAUACGCAAAGAAAUACAACAGGCUUAUCAGAGUGAUAGUUCUGAUGCCAUCAGAUUAUAAAUGUUUUGUCAGGAAAUUGAGGAGCAGAGAACAGAUGAGAGGUAGAAGAAUGAAGGUAAAGUUAGAAAGAAAUCUCAGCCAUGCACGAGUGCAACAACAAAAGUCAUGUCAACUGAAACUGCUUCUUACAGAAACAAAAGUGGACAAAACAAUUCACAGAAUGUGUUAUUACAGCUGCAUUUCUAUUGUGUUUGUCAUUAUUUAGGUAUUUAUGAGUUUAGAGAGAUAAGAGGUGUGAAAUGAAGUGCCGCUGGUACUUAUCAGCAUAAGAAGCCCUUGAAAGAUUUCCUCUCAUUGACGGCAGGUGACAAGUCCGAUUCAGGCUGAGAGGCAUGCAGCUAAGGGUCAAACAAUACACAACAUACUGAGGCAGUGCAGAGAGAUGUUCUUUGCAGGGAAUUGUAAAAGGGCUGAGAUCAGAUGAGGAAAAGAAGGUUGAAAGUGAAGUGGGCAGGCAGCUGUGAGAGGCUGAACAAAGUGAAACAGAACAAGCCUCAUCACCUGAAGCAGCUUCUUACAGAAUCAAAAUUGGACUAAAAAUGCAGAAAGUGCCAUAUUUGUUCAAUAUCAAUGGACUGCAAAACAGCUGAUUGCUGCAAAAUGUGCCACAAGCCGCAUUGUAAUGAGCAUAAAGAUGUAACAGUGGGCAAGGAUUAUUGUCCUGAGUAGCAGACUAUGAUUGUGUAAUUGUAUAUUUAAACUGUAUAGUGUGAAUGUUAUGCAUAUAGGGGCACCUUAGUAUAAAAAUACUAGAUAGAUAAAGUGUCAUAGGAUCUGAUGUUCCAGUAAUGUUCAUUAGUGAUUAGUGCAUCUAGAAUGGGGUGCAGACUCCUUGGGAAUAUGUUCAUUAGAGAUUACAGCUUUCAUUA